AAGGAAAAAAAAAGAGGGGCAGGGGGCGGGGUUUCACUGCAGGCAAAAACCCUCUAAGACUCACUCGUUGUUCCCAGUAAAAAACAAACAAACAAAAACCAACACCACUGUGAUCAGUUUAUAUUCUGUGACAAGGACAGACAAGAUUCAGGAGAGCAGCAAAUAUGGAUUCAGGUGAAGACCAAAACGCAAGCAGCACAAAUGGAAACCCUCAAACGACUGGGAACACGCGGGCACCCCAGAUAGCCCGCAUGUCGUUGUAUGAAAGACAAGCUGUACAGGCUCUCCAAGCUCUGCAAAGACAGCCUAAUGCAGCCCAAUACUUCCAGCAGCUCAUGCUGCAGCAGCAGAUCAAUACUGCCCAACUGCAAAACUUUGCAGUGCAACAGGCCACGCUUGCAGCUAGUCGCCAGUCCAAUACUCCAAGUAACAGCAUGUCACAGGCUUCCACCACUGUCAAUUUAAGCACUACAUCUGCAGGUGGGACCAUGAGCAGUCCUCGUCCACACGGCCCGGCUACCUCCGCAACGACAACAGCUCUCAACCAGUCAGUGCUGUUGGGUGGAAACUCUGCGGGACAGGGCCAGAUGUAUCUUAGGGUGAACCGCUCUUUGAGGGCACCGCUUGCCUCUCAGCUCAUCUUCAUGCCUGGUGGGACGACAGCCGCUGUAGCAACGGUCGCUCAGACGCAAACACAACCCCAACAGCAGCAACAGCAUGAUGCUGCAUCCACCACUACAAGUGCCCAGUCUGACAACGAUCAGGUGCAGAAUCUGGCUCUACACUGUGCCUCUAACACCAAAGCAGUUGCUGUAAAGGCUGAGAAUGUAGAGAGGAAGGAUGCCGGCAGUUUUCAGCAGCAACAGAAUUUCUGUCCGACAGCUCAGCAGCAGCAAGUGCAGCUACAGCAGCGCCAACAGAUGACUAAAGCCAGCUUUAAUCAACCAUCUGCCUCCAGCUCCCUGACUGUGAAGACUGGGAACCAGGCUGCCAUGACUGUCACUCCUGCAGCCUCUGUAGCCCCGUCCUCCUCUUCCUCAUCCCCCGCAUUACCUCUGUCUCAACUCCUCCUGUCCCCCUCUGCUGCCCCCGUUAUCCUGGUGCCCACCUCAAACGUCACUACCUCCACCCAAGGCUACCCAAUCGGUUCUGUGGCACCGAAGGCCAAUAUGAACCCACAGACCCUUGUGGUGCAGCCCCUUCAACAGGUAAAUGCUAACGUGGAAAAGGGCCCUGUCCCGAUACAGCCCAAGACGGCUCAGGGACACCGCUUACCCCUACAGCUGUCCCCUCGGCAGCCACCUCCCAUUCUCCCAGCACCACCAAACAACAAUCAGCUCAACGCGGGGGGUCAUAACCCUCCACACAUCCCGGUCCAGCUGGUGGGAGCCAGGCAGGGGUUGGCAGGAAAUUCACAAGCUGUGGCCUUGGCUCAGGCACGGAGCACCGCAGCUCAGGAGAGUCCAUCUGGUGUGGCUGUUAGUUCACUCCCCAGCGGUACUGCUAUGACAAAGCCAACCGCUGGCUCUCUCAAGAGAAAAUCUGACAGUGACGCACCAAAUGAGAUGUCAGAAACAUCAGAUUCUGCCCCAAUGAAAGAUUCUGCUCCUCCUUUAUCUCCUGCCCCCACAAAGGACUCGGCUCUUCCUGUAGAUACGGCAUUCUCCUCUCCCCCAACCCUGUCCUUGCCUCUGCCCUUGUCCAGAGUCGGCCAUGGGGACAAAGUUCCUCAGGCGGUGGUCAAACCUCAGGUUCUCACUCAUCUCAUCGAGGGCUUUGUUAUUCAAGAGGGAGCUGAGCCCUUCCCUGUUGCUGGACUCCUCAAAGACAGAGAUUUUGCCCUGGUUGGCCGCACAGAGAACGGUCCUCCAUUGCUGAAAUGUGAAUAUUGUGGAUGCUUUGCUCCAGCCAGCCAGUUCAGGGGAUCAAAGAGGUUCUGUUCAAAUACUUGUGCUAAGAGGUAUAACGUAAGCUGCAGCCAGCACUACAAGUCCAGCAGAGGGAGAAGUGGUGGAGGGCCACCACAACCUUCAAACCCUACUGAGAACUCUGCUAAACGCAGAGGUCCUUCUCGAAGGGGCAGUUCAGUUAACACCUACAGUAAAGUAUCAAGCAAGCACCUUUCUCUCAAGUGUCACUCUGAGUCCAGUCGCUCAGAAGAAGUGUCCAGCGAGGGGGAGGAAGAGGAGGAUGAUUCCUCCUCGCUGUCCAGAAGCUCCUCGCGUUCCCGCUCCAGAGCUGAGCACAGCGCUCCUCCCUCUGACAGCUCGGCACCUGGAAACCUCCCAAUCGAAGGCGCUAACUUCCUCUCUGCGACUCCAGCUCAGUGGAGCGUGGAAGAAGUCUGCAAGUUCAUCUCCUCGCUUCAAGGUUGCGAGGAGCUGGCUGCUCAGUUUCUCUCACAGGAAAUAGACGGGCAAGCUCUGCUGCUGCUGCGAGAGGACCAUCUAAUCUCCACCAUGAACAUUAAACUCGGUCCGGCUCUGAAGAUCUGUGCCUCAAUCAACAGUCUGCGCGAGUGAUGGCUGUUUUCUCAUUUCUGAUGUCUCAUAGGAAUCAACACUUGGACUUGAACUUCUUGGAGAUUGUGUGGAUGGUUCUUUUUACACAGUUGUGGCGCUAUCCAUCUGAAUCCAUAUCGAUCCAUCUGGUGCUUUCAGAUCACACAACCGUUUUCACAGUUCAUAUAAUCCUUUAGUCCAGUUCCUGCUCUUUGCUGUUUUUCUUGGUUUAGGGUGGGAUCUUUCUUAACAACCCAGGAGUGACAUGAAGGGAUGUGACUGAUUCAGUUAAAAGGUUGCGUUGAUUGGCUCAGCCACAGCCAGUUUGUUCUCAGUACUUCCUAAAACCCUUAAAGAACUUCUAGAACACCUACAGUCCCCUGCAAAAGUUUUCUCAGCCCUUGUACUUUUCCAUAUUUUGUCAAAUUACAACCACAAACGUCAAUGUGUUUUAUUGGGAUUUUAUGUCAACCAACAGAGUAAAACACAAAGGUGCGACCUGCAUUUGUACUCAAACCCUCAAGCUAAUACUUCAUAAAGCCACCUUUUGCUUCAAUCACAGCAGCUUUUUGGUUAUUCUCAACCAGCUUUGUCCUCUGUGGGGGAUGCUGCCACCACCAUGUUUCAUCAUGGAGAUGGCCAUGUAUCCUUUUCCUUCAACUCUCCAUUUCUGCUCUUCUUCACAUUGGCCUGUCACCCAAAAUCCCAAUGAAAUACAUUGGAAGGUUGUACUUGUAAUGUGACAGAAUGUGAAAAAAGUGCAAGGGGUGUGAUUACUUUUUCUUUCUCGAGGCACUGUAAAUGAUACAUGGAGAUAGACAGUAUUCUUUCUGGACUCUGAAGGUGCAGACUUAUGUGUACUGGUAUGUGUAAGACGUUAAUAUCACAAACUGAAAUGUUCCUGUCAUAGUGUUUGUCUUUUUCUUUGUGUUUGUCUGAAAAUAGACAUAUGGUACGUAGACUCCUCAAAAACUGCAAAUGCCGCUGCCUGUAAGGUCUUCCUGCUUAAACAUUUCACCUCCUGGACACAAAAAAGGCCUGCGAACAGUAUUUUUAAAAGAUGAUUUAGUCUUCAGGUUGUCUGCAACAGUUACUUUUAUAUAUGUUUAGCCUUUUGUUGUAUUCUCCUUAUGUUUUUGUCAUAGUUGUCAAACCCAGGCUUCAAUCACAUCACAGACAAUGACACUCAAAAAGCCUGGUGUUUCACUAGUUUUUUUUUAUAGUAAUGAAGAGUUUAGUUUUGUAUUUUCUCAUUUUUAUAGUACAAUCAGAAUUAUUUUUUCAUGGAAACAAUAUAGUUGUAGAAGCUUUAAUAAAGUACCUAAAAAGAUAGGUACUCCUCAUUGCUCUGGUCUCUCAAGGGCUAAAUGGAAGUGCUCUCUGAACAUGUAUGCAGUACUAUCAAUAAACAUUACACCUUA